AUGACUUCGACCAAAGUACAUCGCAGCAAAGUAGCUGUCUGCGGACUUGGCAUUGCUGGUAUCACGGCUGUGAAGAAUUUGACAGAGGUUGGGUUUGACGUUACUGGAUUCGAAGCUGCCAAUGCCAUUGGCGGCCUCUGGCAUUAUUCAGAAGACUGUAGAACGACAUGCUUAUCCAAUACGGAAGCGUUGGUUCGGAGGAGCGCAUUCGGCUUUUCUGAUUUCCCCCAAGCCCCUGGUGAUUCCGAAGUUCGCCUUCGUCCGAGCGAAAUCCAGGCAUUUCUUGAGUCAUAUGCUCGACAUUUCAAUAUUGUGUCUCGGUUCCAACUUAAUACAAAGGUGACAGCCGUCAAUCGAAUUGGGAAUAAGUGGCAUUUAACUCUCAGGCGUAAAGAAGGUCAUCAAGAGGAACAAGAGUUCGACAGACUGGUUGUAUGCACAGGGCUCUUUCAGACUCCAAAAAUACCCCACGUUGAGGGGCUCGAUGAAUUCGAAGGCCAAAUACUCAACACUCAAACUUAUAAAAAGCCGGAUGAUGCCAAAGGGAAACGUGUCUUGAUCGUUGGUCUCGGCGCUACGGCAACAGACAUGGCCAGAGGCCUUGCAGGAAUAGCCAAAGAAAUCUUCAUUUCUCAUAGAAACGGAUGUGUUGUGCUGCCUUUUAGCAAAGGAAACGACAUCUGUUUUCCGUCUCUUCGUAAACAGCACGAGAAGGCAAAUGUGCCAGCUUUAGAACAAAAACAAAUGCUUAACAGCGCUCUCAUAAAAUUACAAGAUGAAUCUUUCGACCUUAAGCCGGAAUGGGGCCUCGGAAACGCUCCUUCGUUGCCUCAGAAAUUACCAAUCAUUGGAGACGGAUUCUACAACCUUCUAGUUUCUCGGACAGUUACUUUAGUUCCUGGCCUAAAACAGAUUCACCGCUCUCAUGUAGAGCUAACAGACGGGAAAAAUAUAAAAGUCGAUGUUAUCAUAUUCUCGAUUGGCUACGAUAGGUCGUACUCAUUACUCGGCCCUUACGAUCCAUCGCGGAAUAUGCCACAAGCUUGGAAAGACUCUCCUGGCUCAAUGGGGCGACCUCUUCCAAGACUUUACCAAGGAAUAUUUUCUCUAGAUCUUCCAGAUUCUCUUGCAUAUUCAGAACACGUAGGCUCCACUUUGUCUGCCACGAUGAAUGGGGAUACGGCAUCAAUGGCUCUCGCUCAGGUGUGGCUGGGCAACUCAAAGCUGCCCUCUCGUGAAGAGAUGGCGAAGAAUGCCGACAGACAGAAUAACAUGGCCAUAGAAUUGGCUAAUCAAGGAGGAGUUUAUGAUCCUGCUCUCGUGGAUAACAGGGAAUGGAGCCUCUGGGCAGACAAAACAGCGGGAUUUGGCAUCCAAGAUCGACUUGGGUAUGGGUGGAAAGCUUGGUGGCUUCGAUUCACCGACCCCCGCCUCUAUAAGACACUUCUGGAUGGGAAGUUUGUACCACAGGUUUAUCGACUUUUUGAUGAGGGGAAGCGGCCCCCGUGGAAAGAUGCUCGGGAGGCGCUCUUCAAGGCGAAUGAAACCGAGUAG